UACGGAAAAAGACACUGUUGUAGAUCUAGUCAGCGAAGACCAAACUACUUUUAUUUUGUAUUUUGCAGAACUUGUAAUGAUACGUUAUCAGGACAAGCUGAUUAAAUUGCAUGCAAGAACGCUUACGUAUUAUUCAAUAUGUUGAUUUAAUACUCUAAACAUAAAAUAUGAAUUAAUAGGAGUUGUCGUUUGUUGGGACGAACAGCUGGCAGUCCAAAAUAAACAAGAUGGCGGCUAGUGGUUUCAGCCUCGAAGCUAGCGUAGGAAAAGAUGAGAAUGUAGAGCGACUAUUUAAAAAAUUUACAUUUAAAUGUAUGCAAGUUAUAGUACAAUCUCGUAUAGAGAACAAGACAAAACGAUUAAACACUGAACCAUUAACUGCCGAUUAUUUUUGUGUGACAAUCCCAGACAACCCAUCAAUAGACGAGCAGAUCAAGAAAGUUCUGGAUGGCGUCAGAUCUUUCCCAGUCAAGGACCAGAGUGUGUGUAUUGAGAUCCCCCUGGUCACCAAUGAUGGAGAUCACAUGUUUCUUGAGACCUGGGACAUCAGCUUCAACCUCAGCAGCUUAGACACGACCGCCAAUAAACUACAGCAUGUCUUCACCAGAAUGUGUGUGACCCUAAAAUCUCUACUCUGUGCCACUCGGGCAAUGCCAGCAUUCAGACUAGCAAGGAAUCAGGGAGAAAAGGGUGGAGGCUACAAGCUCAACUAUAGGUUUUAUCUAGGGAAACCUCAGACUCAUUCACUGGGCGAAGGCUUCAGGUCGGUGCGAGCAGGGUCUGUACCCACAGCCCAAGGAUUACUAUCAAUCAACGCAUCCUUCCGCACCAAGCUCCUGCUCUCCCCUGAGAUGUCCGCCUCUGCUAUGGCCGCCAUCGAGGUGACAGACAACUACUUUGUUAAGGAGUUUAGAACAGCCGCCCCAGUACUGUCUGAUCCUCAGCCAUGCUCUCCAGCACAGAGAAGCCCAGUGACCAGAGCAGAAAGCCCUUACUGUUUUGCUGUUUCCCCUGGGUCUCUGGAGAAAGAGGACAGUGAACUUAAGGCAAGGCUGGCAUCAGACACCUGGGCACACUCAGGCAUUUUUCACUUGGAUGAGUUACCAGAUCCAGUUAUUGGUGCCUUUUCUGUUCAAAAACCAAGUCACAGAAAAGUCUUGGACCACAAAGUGCCAUUUGAAGGGCUGAUGAAGAGGAGCUUGAUAGCCAGGAAAGAACAUCAGAAACAUUGUGCUGUGAGGACGUCGUCUGAUGGCGGGGACUCAGAUGCUGAUAGGGGGGUGAGGAAGGCGGAGGAGAAAGGAAGAAAGGAUCUGGAGAAAGAGAAUGUUACGCCCGGGGCUUUAAAUAUACCCAGGGAACAGAAGAUGUCGGUGGAGGAGGAGUUUGUUAUGGUUGAUAAACCCCCAUUUGCUGCCGAUGAUGAUCCCAGGGACGUGAAAGCAUUCCUUGGUGUGAUCUGCCGAGCACCCAGCCUGUACGAGACUGCAGACUGCAACAUAUCAGUGGAGGAUUAUCUGAAUGACGUGGAGGCGCUGGUCUCUAGACUUGAGGAGGACAUGCCAGAGCUGGAUGAUUUUUGUCAGUCUGUCAUCAACCUCAACAGUCAGGAGGAGGGGGACGAGACUCCAAUGUUUAGUUUGUGAGGGGGACUGUGUUAGUCUCUUGUUGAUUGUGUGGAAUGGGGGACUGGGUUAGUCUCUUGUUGAUUGUGAGGAAUGGGGGACUGGGUUAGUCUCUUGUUGAUUGUGUGGAAUGGGGGACUGUUAGUCCCUUGUUGAUUGUGAGGAAUGGGGGACUGUUAGUCCCUUGUUGAUUGUGAGGAAUGGGGGACUGUUAGUCCCUUGUUGAUUGUGAGGAAUGGGGGACUGUUAGUCUCUUGUUGAUUGUGUGGAAUGGGGGACUGUUAGUCUCUUGUUGAUUGUGUGGAAUGGGGGACUGUUAGUCUCUUGUUGAUUGUGAGGAAUGGGGGACUUUGUUAGUCUCUUGUUGAUUGUGAGGAAUGGGGGACUUUGUUAGUCUCUUGUUGAUUGUGAGGAAUGGGGGACUGGGUUAGUCUCUUGUUUAUUGUAAGGAAGACAGAAGAGUGGGGUGUACAAAUGGAGUUUAAUGGUUUAUGAAGGUAAAAAUGUGUGUCCAGAAUUUCUGGAGUUGUUGGCCAAAUGAGUUUAAGACAGUUUGUUAUGGACCAGGUGUACAAUACCACUACCCCCCAAAUACCGGUUGCUAAUUUAUAUGACAGUAAAUUAUUUUAAGGGCUCUGUUUUAACUGUAUUCUGAAAUGACAAAUCGAUACAGACUCAGCUUAAACUAGAGAUAAGAAGUUUUGCUUGACGUUAGGUUCAAAAGUUUGCUUAGUUGGUUGAUGUUGAUUACAUGUAUGUCAUGGUGAUAUAUGUUUGAGUGAUAUUUUACGUAGCCAGAUGCAAAGAAAUUAACCUGCUGACUAUAGCAGGUUUUACAAAUAUUUUUGUGAUCAAGUAGUUGAGUUUGAAUCUAAUUCAUUAAUGCUUUUUUGCAUCUAAAGGAAGCUGUUGCAGAUUGGUUAUUUUUGCACUGUUGCAAUAGUUAUGUUUAAAAAAGUAAUUGCUGUUUUUUUUUAACUGUUAGUUCUCUUACUAAUUGGAACAAUUUUUUAAAAUGAUCCGUAACCAGUCAAAAAUAGCUGUAUUGUUGUCAUUUCCGCUCUUUUGACUGAUGAUUGAGUUAAGUAUUUUAUUCCUGGUGUUGAUUCAUGUUUACUGUCUGGGAUUUUCUGGGAAAUUCAGAUCGAUAACUUGUGCAGUCUCGCAUCUUCUGAGUUUAAAUUUGAUAUAUAUUCUGGCUUCUGCAUAUAAACAACUACAUACAAGAUAACUUAUGUUGGUUGGCUUGCAAAGAUAUAUUUCAGAUCAUGAGGAUUAAUGUCAAAUUUCUGAACUGGAGGAUCAGUGUCAAAAUCAUCUUGGAUCAUUUGUUUUAAUUUCUUGCUUUGCUUAUAUUCCAUUUUUUAAUGACAUUUUUUCUGCAUAUUUCACUUUGUUUUCUUUCUCUAUUAUUUAUGUUUUCCUAAAAUUAUUAGCUAAUGAGUAACGUUUAAUUAACGUUUUGAUCAUUUAUGUAACUCUUCUCCCCCAGUGAAGAAGUUGUGUGAUCUUGUUUCUUGAUUAAGUCUUUUUAUUGAUUUGACUCCUACUUUAGGAAUAGGGUUUAUUUCAAAUUCUUGCAAAUUUUUGGUUUGUUCUGCUGUGAAGUGUUGAACACAUUGAACCAUUGUAUCAGAGUGUUUUAGUGUGUUUAACACUCUGAACGAUCACAUCAGAGUGUUUUGAACACUCUGAACCAUCACAUCAGAGUGUUUAGUGUGUUGAACAAUCUGAAUGUUAGUCUUGUGUGUCCGCUGGUUGCGUCACGUUAACUAUUGUUAUCAUCAACUUGAGCCAUUCCAGGUUUACUUUUUUUAUUUAUUGAUAAAAGAUGACAAAAACAAUAGCUCACUUCUCAGCAUUAAGUAUUGGUCGCUCUGAACUCUCUUGUUGACUGAACACAGAUUGGUGUUACCUGUAAGCAGGUUUAAGAUUGUAUGAGCAUAGGAUGGGGCUACUGUGUGCAGGUUUAAGUAGUAUGAGGGUAGGUUGGGACAACUGUGAGUAGGUUGUA